AUGACCGUUUUACCUGAUCUUCGUUGUGUUAUGAAGAUCCGUACUUGCGGGCCUUUCUGGCACAAGGCCGCCGUCUCGCUCUCGUACCCGAGAGACAAAGCGCACCAAGGCCUGCUAACCAUCGACCGCCCCAAGGCCAUCGGAGGAGCCUUGGAGAUCCCCCUGGACCGCUGUGAUCGCAUGCCCACACUCGUCUUCGCGUCGGAGAAAGACCAGUACCGCCGACAGUUCUCCGUUUGCUACGGCGUCUGGCGCCGCUGUGUGACUCUGCGUGUAGCCACUGACGCGAUCUACAGGGCGUGGUGGGCGGCACUAGAGACUGCGUACAUGUCGCUCCAUCUGAAGCAAAUCACACGGACUCUCGCGACGAAUUGCAACGAAGUGGAACUGGAGGAAACGCCCAAGGUGGACGCCGUGAUGAAUAAUUUCCCUCUACUGGAGGUGUCGACUCCGACGUCCGCUGUUGAGAUCAACUGCCGCGAUGGUUGGCAGCUUGGUGAAGACCCCGACGAACUUGUUGUCGUUGGAUCAGCUGGAGAGCUCAAGGUCGACGCGACGCCGGUCGUCUGUCCAAAUGACGAGCACAGUAUUAGCAGUCAGGCCGUGCUCGGAGUCGCAGCUAGCUACGGCUACCAUAGCGACCGCGACGGUGCCAGUAGCUGCAUCGGCAGCGACGUCCUGGACUUCCUCCCCGGUGAUCUCCGCGAUAUCAUGGAAAACUACUCCAGUGAUAGCGCAAAUAGCUACAGUACCACCAGUAGCCUCACCAGCAGUGUCCGCGACCAUCUCCCGAGUGGAGUCCUCGAUCUUCUCGACAAUUGCCCCAUUCGAACGAAUCAAGCCCAGAACAACCAAAGCUGUGGUUUCGAUUUGUUUGACGGCGGCCACACUCGACGCAGGGAGAACCUGUUGUACCGUGGAUACCACCGCGAAAGCAAGAGCGCGAAGCUUAGCAGCGGCGGCAGCGACGCAUCUGUUGGCGGGAGCAUGGCACAAACGGAAGAUACCACGACUGUGUCGGCCAUCACUUCGAGCACCGGCCGCGACGCGCUCGAUGAUGCGCUAUCCGCAAUUGGAGCAGGUCGGAUCGACAAAGCUCGCGUCGAGGAAAUUGAGGAAUUCGCGUCGCGUCGCGUGUCGGGUUCCGCCCGUGCUUUCAAGAAAACGAUCGUGGUUGAGCGUAUCACCAAGGCCUGGACGGAUGUUGCGCGCUUUGCGUUCCGUCCGGACGCCGAUUAUGCCCAAACUACAAACCGCGCGAAGAAGACGCACAGCUCGACCGCACACGGCUACAAUUAA